UUGCCGCCGCCGCCACCACUGUGGGUCCGUUAUGGCGCUGGAGACCCUCUCGGCGGAUUGGGAAUUCGACCGCGUUGACGACGGCUCUCAGAAAAUCCACGCUGAAGUGCAGUUAAAGAACUAUGGGAAAUUCCUUGAAGCAUAUACUUCCCAGCUAAAGAGAAUUGAAGAUGCAUUGGAUGAUUCCAUUGGAGAUGUUUGGGACUUCAAUCUUGACCCCAUUGCAUUAAAUCUUUUGCCUUAUGAACAGUCUUCCUUACUUGAACUCAUAAAGACAGAAAACAAGGUUCUGAACAAAGUCAUCACUGUAUAUGCUGCUCUUUGCUGUGAAAUCAAAAAGUUAAAACAUGAGGCAGAAACGAAGUUUUAUAACGGCCUCCUGUUUUAUGGUGAAGGAACUAUGGAUUCUAGUAAGGUGGAAGGAGAGAGUCAAAUACAGAUGGGAAGAUUUAUUUCAUUUCUCCAGGAGCUGUCUUGUUUUGUGACACGAUGCUAUGAAGUGGUGAUGAACAUAGUACACCAAUUAGCUGCCCUUUAUACCAGUAACAAGAAUAUACCUAAAGUAAUAGAGACUUCAGGAGUUCAUUUUCAGACUAUGUACGAGCAUCUUGGAGAACUACUGACAGUUUUACUUACACUUGAUGAGAUAGUAAAUAAUCAUGCCACCCUGAAAGAUCACUGGACUAUGUACAAAAGGCUAUUAAAAUCUGUCCACCACAAUCCUCCUAAAUUUGGAAUCCAAGAAGAUAAACUGAAACCAUUUGAAAAAUUGUUGUUAAAAUUAGAAAGUCAGCUAUUGGAUGGCAUGAUAUUCCAGGCUUGUAUAGAACAACAAUUUGACUGUCUCAAUGGAGGUGUGUCAGUGUCAAAGAAUAGCAUAUUUGCUGAAGAGUUUGCACAUAGUAUUCGCACAAUUUUUGCAAACGUUGAAGCUAAACUCGGUGAACCUUCUGAAAUUGAUCAGAGAGAUAAGUAUGUUGGAAUUUGUGGACUCUUUGUACUACAUUUUCAGAUUUUUCGAACUAUAGAUAAGAAAUUUUACAAAUUGUUACUGGACAUUUGCAAAAAGGUGCCGGCUAUCACACUAACAGCUAAUGUCAUUUGGUUUGCUGACAACUUUUUGAUUCAGAAGAUGCCAGCUGUUGCCAAGCUUCUGGACAGAAAAAGUUUUCAUGCAAUUAAAUUACAGAGAGAAAGUUUUUUACAGCAAAAGGCUCAGUUACUUACAAAAGAGAUGCAAACUUAUUAUGUAUUUGUGAGCUCCUGGAUGAUGAAAAUGGAAUCUCUUUUGUCAAGGGAACAAAGGAUGGAUAAGUUUGCUGAAGAUCUCAGUAAUAGAUGCAAUGUUUUUAUACAGGGCUUUCUCUAUGCUUACAGCCUUAGAAACAUAAUCACAACUACAAUGAAUCUGCACAUGUCAAUGCAGAAGCCAAUGACUAAAACCUCAGUUAAAGCAUUAUGCAGGCUUGUGGAACUACUCAAAGCAAUAGAAUAUACAUUUUACAGAAGAAGUAUGACUGUUGCUGAUUCAGUCACACAUAUAAUUCAGCAUCUUCAGCAUCAGGCUCUCAAUGCCAUUGCUGUAGCCAAGAAAAGAGUAAUUUCUGACAAAAAGUACAGUGAACAGCGCCUUGAUGUACUUUCCGCUCUUGUGCUGGCUGAAAACACCCUCAAUGGCCCUAGCACAAAACAGAGGAGACUCAUCGUUUCUCUCGCCCUCAGUGUGGGCACCCAAAUGAAAACAUUUAAAGAUGAAGAACUCCUUCCUCUUCAAGUAGUUAUGAAAAAGUUGGCCUUAAUCAGUGAACUUAGGGAACGAGUCCAAGCACAGUGUGAUUGUUGCUUUUUGUACUGGCACAGAACAAUAUUUCCAAUUUAUCUGGAUGAUGUUUAUGAGAAUGCAGUGGAUGCUGCAAGAUUACAUUAUAUGUUUAGAGCAUUGCGGGAUUGUGUACCAGCUAUGAUGCAUUCAAGGCAUUUGGAUUCCUUUGAAAUACUCCUAGAAAGCUAUGACAGAGAAAUCAUGGAUGUUUUCAAUAAGCACCUCCUAGACAAGUUAUGCAAAGAAAUCGAAAAGGAUUUGCGCCUGUCAGUACACACGCACUUAAAACUAGAUGACCGAAAUCCAUUCAAAGUUGGAAUGAAGGAUCUUGCUCACUUCUUCUUUUUAAACCCAAUUCGCUUUUUUAAUCGGUUCAUAGAUAUCAAAGCUCAUGUGACGCAUUACCUAGACAAGACUUUUUACAAUCUAACUACAGUAGCUCUACAUGACUGGGCUACCUACAGUGAAAUGAGGAAUUUAGCAACUCAGCGCUAUGGUUUAAUUAUGGCAGAAGCACAUCUUCCAAGUCAGACUUUAGAACAGGGCUUGGAUGUACUGGAAAUUAUGAGAAAUAUUCAUGUAUUUGUAUCCCGAUACCUGUACAAUCUCAAUAAUCAGAUCUUCAUUGAAAGAAUUAGCAAUAACAAACAUCUGAACACAAUAAAUAUAAGACACAUAGCUAAUUCAAUUCGAACACAUGGCACAGGAAUUAUGAACACCACAGUAAAUUUCACAUACCAGUUUCUGAGAAAGAAAUUUUACAUCUUUAGUCAAUUUAUGUAUGAUGAGCACAUCAAAUCCAGAUUGAUCAAAGAUAUACGAUUCUUUAGGGAAAUUAAAGAUCAAAAUGAUCAUAAGUACCCAUUUGAGAGAGCAGAGAAAUUCAAUCGGGGAAUCAGAAAACUUGGGAUUACACCAGAUGGACAAAGUUAUCUUGACCAAUUCAGGCAACUGAUUAGCCAAAUAGGUAAUGCUAUGGGCUAUGUACGAAUGAUAAGAUCUGGUGGACUUCACUGCUGUAGCAGUGCAAUUAGGUUUGUUCCUGACCUUGAAGAUAUUGUCAACUUUGAAGAACUUGUGAAAGAAGAAGGUCUGUCAGAAGAAACACAACAAGCAGCUAGGCAGCUGGAUUCUGUACUUAGCGAUCUCACCUGCAGCUCUGCAGAAGGUACAGAGUACUUCAAAAUGCUUGUGGAUGUCUUUGCUCCUGAAUUCCGCAGUCCAAAGAACAUGCAUCUACGCAAUUUUUAUAUCAUUGUUCCCCCACUGGCACUCAAUUUUAUAGAGCACUCAAUCAGUUGCAAAGAGAAACUGAACAAAAAGAACAAAAUUGGCGCAGCUUUUACUGAUGAUGGCUUUGCUAUGGGUGUGGCUUACAUUUUGAAACUCUUGGACCAGUACCAAGAAUUUGAUUCCCUCCACUGGUUCCAGUCAGUGCGGGAGAAAUAUGUGAAGGAAAUCAGAGCAUUAGCAAAGCAGCAGAGUGUCCAGUCAGCUAGUCAAGAUGAGAAGUUGCUACAGACCAUGAAUCUUACUCAUAAGCGACUGGAAGUUUGUUUGCAGGAAUUUGAACUGCUUUAUUUCUCACUAAGCAGCGCAAGGAUAUUUUUUAGAGCAGAUAAAACUGCAGCGGAAGAAAACCAAGAUAAAAAAGACAGUGAAGAAGAAUCUACAAAAACAAGCAAUGACCUUUCAAAUUCUUCUUCUGCAGAUCCUCUUGUAAAAUGAGAGUUCUGAACUCUAGAGCAACUGUGAUUUGUUGAAAUUGAUGGGACCAGAUUGGCACAGAACAUCCACCUCAUCGGUCUGAUAGUGAUGCCGACGUGCUGUGAAAUAUCACAUAAUUUAUUGUAAUACUCAGCACUGUAAUUUGGAGUUCCAGAGAAGUAUGCUAUUUUGAUCUAAGAUGUGAUUAAUAAGGGGGCAAAUUUGUUAUUAGAAAGUUUUAAAAUAUUCUUAUAUCUAAUGGAUUCAAUAAUACUAAAUGCAUCAAAUCACAUCCUUAAUAUGGUUGUUACUGCUUGUUUUCCUAGUGCAUAUAAUUCCCCUUGGAAAAAAAACCUGUCUAAUUCAUAGACUUUACCAAUUAGACUGCUGACUUAAAUGGACAACUUGUAUUGUCCCAGACACUGUAUAAGCAUACUAAGCUUAAAGUAGCUAUGUGCUAUAAUAAAUAUACUCAUUUUCAUAUCUUUUUGUCAUUUAAUUUGAGAGACUCCUAUUUUUAGAUACACGGCUAAACUGUACAGCGUUAACUAAACUAACAUAUUUGUGAGAUACUGAAAAUAACAUCAUGAAAUUGUCUAGAUUCUAAAAGCAUGUAUAUGCAAUGUUGUUGUGAAUAUGUAAACAUAGAACUUUGUGAAUAUAGUGAUGGUUGCUACCCUUACAAACAUUGAAACUGUACAACCAAGUAAUGCAAAAAUAAUUUGGGCCUUGAAUGCAAGUCUGUUCUUGGGCACCUAAUAUUGUGCCCUUCUGCCACAGAAAGUGUUAUUAUACUGCUUGGUCUUUCAGUAGCUACAAACCUUUCACAGCUGUUACAUGUGUGGAAGAUUAAAUGGGAAUUGGGAAUAAUUUAACAUAACUGUAUAGCAGAGGUCUCCAAACUCCAAACUGUAUAGCUGGCUGGCUGAAUUGUGGGAGUUGAAGUCCACAAGUCUUAAAGUUGCCAAGUUUGGGAACCCCUGCUGUAUAGUAUCAGUGGUGAGUUCAGUAAGACAUGGAAUUAUUGUUUGCCUUUUCCCAUCUCAUCUUUUGAAUAAUCUGUCUUCCAACAUGGAGACAGUAGCUAUGGCAUCUUCUCCAUGUAUUUUAUUUACAAAAGCAUGCCAGAGAUUUUUAUCUUUCAAAUUCUUAAUCUUUAUUUGUAAGGAAUCUUUAUUUUUUAUGAAAUACAUAAUUGAACACAAAUACCUAGGCCACUUCCAGUAAGGUCCUCUUGGCUAUUACAUGGUCUUCCAGAAUAAAAUCACAAGGCCUGCCAGACGUAAUAGGGAUUGACUCAGCAAAGCCAUUAAUAUUUUGUACAUUUGUAUGUUUGAGCUUCUGCCAAAGUUACUGAAAGGUAGGUCCUGUUGUCAUUGAUCUGUUACUCUGAUCUAUUCCACCUAUGUUCAAAUUCUCAGGAAUGAAAGGGACAAAAUUAUAACAUGUCUUAUUCUAAUUCAUUUACAAAAACGAAGUGGAACAAAACAAAAAACCUGUUACCUCAAUUCUUUAUUCUGUUAGAUAUUCUGUACAUAAUGUUAAUAAAUGCAACUUUGGAAAAAAAAUGGAUUUGUAUAUAAUGGUCACAAGCCUGGGAUGUUUUGACUUCCUUGAAUGCUGUAUCUUUAAUGAGAACCAGGUUUGCCAAUGUAGAUACUUCAAUCUACAGCUAAGCCAGAGCGCUAGGAUUGAUUUAAUCAACUUCAUAGGGCUAACUGAAAUAUAAUUUGUUCUGUAGUUAUCGAAAUAAAUUUCCUUUAGAAAUGUGCCCCAUAUUCUUUCUAAUAGAUAAC